UUUUGACCCACCGUUUCGUCAUCCGUUCCUAUGAUAUUUUGAAUAUAUUUGUCGCUCAUCUCUUGCUCCUGUCUUUCGGAAAACCUAAAAAAUCCUCAGGCUUUCAGAACAAUACCAUUGGGAUACUGUAUGAUGAAAUCACAAUGAGAAAAUCAGGGAGUUAAGUAGCAAAUGGCCGAAUCAUCGGAUGAUGUAGAGCAAAGAGAUAGGCGAUCACUGAGCGAAGGUGACGAGAUCAGAGGGGCAUCUACCUCUACAAGGGGGAGUCAUUUUUUAGCACCAGCCCCAGCUGUCACGCCUGUUAGGCAGAGCGUUGAAUUCAGUGUGAAAGGACCAAUAUCACUUUAUUUAGAAGAGGACCAACCAACCUCACCAGGAUGCGCAGUUCUCGACAUCAUUUUUUCGUUUCCUGCUACGGUCGGAGAGCUGACAUUAAGGAACUACUAUACGCAGUCUCUAUCGCUGUUCGUCCGUUACAGUGACGAGAGUGUUGCAGGGAAGUCUAGCGAGCCAGGAUUUUCGAGUUUCCACGAAAGCGGACCGAGAUUUGCUAAGAAAAAAUGGGUCGUCUCGAUAGAAAGGAAGGAGCUAAUGAAACAUGUACAUUAUGAGCAAGGCAGUCAAGACUUCAUAUCCAUUCCAGCCACAGAAAGCAGCGUAGAGUGGAAAGAUUUGUCGGCUAUCCGGCUGAUUUUGAAGCAGCCCUCAUCCGUUUGGCACACUUUCCAUGUCGAGGAGCUGAAUGUUUACAGAGAUCUUCCAAGAUUUGUUUCCAGAUCUCACUCGCAUGCCAGCUCCGAGCAGUGUCAGCAAAUAAAUAAACUAAUGGCCAUGUUGCGGAAUCAAACCUACGAGGCUCUAACCUGGAGUCCAAAACAAGAUUCAGGAAAUGCUGCAUCUAAAUCUUCACCACGGCUGAGCUUAAGAGAUCACCAAAAGACAGGAGGCUACGAAGUGGUGCUUAUGCCGCCUUAUAACAACUGAGUACUGCACCACUAUCGCAAUGCGAGGAGUAUAAAUUAUCGAUGCUGUUCAAGUGAGUAAUCCAGUUCAGAGACGUUUUCGGCAAGA